AUGUCUGGAGGCGCAGCAUUUCGGCGCCUGCGGCUCUUGCAUAUCGCAACGUUCGCGACCUGGGCGCUCAUAUGCGCGCACAGUGCCAGUACCGGUACCACACCUAAACGGUGCCCGCGCCCAGAUAUCGACUGCUUCAACGCGGCUUUUACCUCCACAGCUAGCUCACCGCUUCACGCGGCGACGGACGCGACAGCAGCGGACAGGAAAUUCCUACCACUGUCGUCGAAUGCGGCUUCCGACGCAGUUCUCAGCGGCGGCGUGGCUACCCCUACCCCUACCCCUACCACCACUACUGCAUGGUCCUGGAAGUCAUAUCACAGCCACCCGGAGAUGCUGGACUUCCUGUCAGAACUGGUCAGCAGCAGCGAUGGCGCGUGCAGCCUGGAGUGGCCCUCACCAUCCAGCGUUGAGGGCCGCCGGAUUGUGGCUGUGGUUUGGAGCGCUGUGAACGGCAGCAGUGACAGCCCGUCAGGCCUGCCCAAGCCAAGCUUCACGUGGGUCGGCAACAUGCACGGCGACGAGACGGCCAAUCGAGAGCUGCUGUUGCGGCUGGCCUGGGGCCUGUGCAGUGGGGAGCUUGCAGCGGCGGAUGGGCGGUGGCGGGAGCUGCAGGCGAGCACCCUGGUGCGCAUUGUACCCACCAUGAACCCCGAUGGAACAGACCCCCCGCCGCCCAAUCUGGCCAUGGCAGCGACCUUGCAGGGAGCUCCCAGGUUUCCGGCGGCUGUGUCCUGGACGCUGGUGGGCGGCAGCUUGAACAUGCAGCCCGAAGCGAACGCAAUAUCGUCGUACCUGUCGUACGCGGUGCCGGAUUUGUCCGCGAACCUGCACGGCGGCGCGCUGGUGGCAAAUUACCCGCUGGACGCGUGUGACAGCCUGGGCGCUCGGCGGUCUUGUCCCACGGGCGAUGAGCCGCUCCCGGAGCUGCUGGCCUCGGCCUAUGCGGCUGCGCAUCCGAGCAUGGCGCUGGGCAACGCGACCCCCUUCGUCAGCGGCACUGUGCAGGGGGCCGCCUGGUACCCGGUGCUUGGCUCCUUGCAGGAUUGGGUGUACCACGUCCUGGGCCGGCUUCACAUCACGCUGGAGCUGCACCCUGUGAAGAACCCGCCAGCCGCCAGCCUGCCACCAUUAUGGGAAGCGAAUCGGCGGGCCAUGCUGCGGCUGAUGGAGCUGGCGCGCAUGGGCUUGCGUGCGCGCGUCGUGGACGCCGUAACGCGCGGUCCACUCGCCGCCAACGUGAGUGUCGCGAGCCCAGCUGGCGUACGCGGCACCACUGCAGACGCAGAGCGAGGCGGCUACUUCUUCAAACCUAUGGCGCCAGGGGUGAAGUAUGAAUUCGUUGUACAGCCAUACGACCCGAGCAACCCAAACCUGUCGUAUGACGAGAUCAGUUUUAGUGUGGCGCUGUCGGUGAGACGCGAGGUAGUAAUUUCUGGGGCGUACCGCAUGCGAGAGCUGACGGUGGAACGAGUGCUCAUGGCAUUUCGGAGCAACGCGACAGCGUCGGUUAGGAAGUAG